GUAAUUGUGAACAUUGAAAAAUAUAUCUAUAUAAACCGCGCCUGUCUACUACAACAACCUCAAAUAAAAGAUAAAAUCCAACAACAUCAUAAAGCAAACCAGUAUAAAUUCUACAAUAAAAUACUAUUUCAAACAAAAACAAUAACUCAGAAACAUUUACAAGAAUUUACUAGGUAAAAGUCUAUAUUAAAUUGUAUAAAUGUGUUUGUGUAAAAAUCAGAGUAUAACUAACAAUACAUGUGCAUGACACAGUCUAUAAAGGAUGUGAAAAAAUCAAAAAACAAUGAUGAGACAGGCGUAAGUUAAAUGCGAAAAAAUAUCAUAAAAAAAGAAAUAAAUGAAAACAACAAAAUGAAAAUAAAAAAUUAUAUGAAUAGCAGAACAAAAAAUCUUAGAAAAUAACCAUAGGCAGCUGCAAUAAUAUCAAAUACAACAAUAAUAAAUGCUCUUAAACAAAAUAACCACAAUAAAGCUUCCUCCUCUCCCCUCCUAAAUACUGAUGCUGCUUAAAGUCUAAUAAAAAAAACGAAAUAUUUCUUCUUUCUUCUGUAAUAAAAUAUAAUUUAAACAUAAAAAUAUAUUAAAUCAUUUAAUAAAAUAAGCAAAUGUUUAACAAAAUUCCUUAACUAAGUGCAAAUAAAAAUAUAUAAUUAAAUAUUUCUUAGCCACACCCUAAAAAUAUGCAGUGAUUUGUUUUAAAAAUAUUGUUAAAUUCAAUAUCUUACUCGUAUAACCAAAUAAAAGCGUAAUAAUUGUAAACAAAAAGUUCAUAAAAAUCCUAUAACACCAAAAGUCUUAAAUAUUAUAAUUAAAAUAAUUAAAGAUAAGUAAUAAUGCAUAAAGAUAAAAAUUAAAUUAAUCCUUAAAAGUAAAAAGAAAACAAAAAAAAAAAUUAAUAUCAAACAUAAAAAAUCAACAAAAAAGUAUCACAAAAAAAGCACAACAUGCUACAAUUCAACACAACCAGCUCAAUUUUCUAAAUAUGAAUGAGUUGUUCCUUGUCUCUUGAAAAUCUCUCUCAAAUAUGAAAACACAAGUGAGUAAGUGUUAAAGUGUGUGUGUGUUUGAGUUUAAUAAUACAAAAGGAAAACAAAAUUUCAACACUCUCUUAAACAUUACUUCAAUGUUUGUUUACAUUUUUGUCUAAAAAGAGCGAGCAUAUCCUUUAAAAAUGAAAAGCAAAGAGAGCAAGAGAGUGUUGUAAGUUAACUCUAGUAAAUACAAAAAAAGCUUUAAUACAACGUGUGUUUGUAAAUUUACACUUAAACUAACUAAUGUUUUCAUUGCUAUUGUAAAAAAAAAAACAAAACAAACAAAAUUUACUCAUUUUUUUCGCCCGAAAAGCCAACUAAAAGUUCCUGUUAAGGACAACGACCAUUAGCCGCAGUUCUCUUAUAUCUUGUUUUUGCUUUAUGCAUUUAAUUCAACAUCAUUAAUAUUGAAGUGAAUAAAACUAACAUCAUACUACAAGGAUUUAAAAAAAAAAAUCAUCAACAAUAUUUGUAAUAAAAAAACAACAACAACAGCGUUAUCAUCUACAGAGAAAAGCUAAAUUACUUCGUUUAAAAUGUAAAAAUCAACACGGCAGAAGGCGCCAGCGAAGGACAAUGAUCCCUAUUUUAAAAACGUGAAACAACGAGCUUUGAUUUGCACAGCAAAGGACAGACAAACUUCAAAACUCAUUAAUUUGAAAUUAAAACGACCAAACACAAAUAAAAAAAAAUCAUGACAUCCGAAACCUAUUUGGAUUUAACAUUCGAGCGUAAUACAAAAAAUAUGUCGGGAAGUGGAGGUGGUGGUGGUGGCGGCCAUAGUAGUGGUGCGUCAGGUGUGCCCGGAGUUAGUGUUAAUGUGGCAAGUGCUGCUGCUGCAGGCGCAGGAGUUGGAGGCAGUGAAAAACGUCCAAUUAGACCAAAAUUAUUAAAAUUAAGUGAUGUUACGAUACCACAUCGUAAUCGUAAGAAAACUAAAACCAAGAGCAAAGAUCGUUCUGUUUCAUCGGUGCGCGAUCGUAUAUAUGAUGAUCCAGCUUAUACAGAUGACAUUAGUCAUUUGGCAAAUCCCAUGCGAAGAAACAGUGUUAAUCUUGUAAACUCUGAAAUGUUGACUCUUAGUAGUGCUGGUGUGGUGGGUAAAGUUAAUUCAGGUGGCAGCAGUUCAUUGGGAAAACGCAGCAAAUUGACCAAAGAAUUUCAGAAACUGGCACAAGAAGAUAUUGGCCAUAUAGCGUUUAGUAGCUCGGAAGAAGACUUGCGUUACCAAAGAGCCUCUUCCUCCAGAUCAGAGGCUAUAGGACGUGGCAGAAGCCUGGAGCGUUCUAAUGCUAUAAUAGGAGAGCAGGCAGAAAAACUAGAGAUAAAAAGAAGACCUGAAAAACGCAGUAGCAAACAGAAACGUAAUUUGAGUUUGGAUAACAAACGUCAGCAAUCGCAACAGGAGGGCAAAGAAAAUGAGGAAAAAGAACGUGAUCGACCACCAGAGCCGCCUCAACGUUUGGCCUUGACACGCUACAAUUUGGGCAAGCAGCGCAGUGAUGAGGCCGCCUGGCAAAGACAACAAAGUCAAAUGGAAUUUGCUCAAACGACUCAUGAUAACGAAGAUGUUUUCUCUUUGCACAGUUCGGCCAAAGAGAAUCUAAGUGUGGCUGCCUCUACCUCAGCUUCACUCAGUAAUGCCAGUACUUCGAAAAUGCAAAUGGGUAAACGUUUCCUAAAGGGAGAAAUCGGUAUAAAAAGUUUCAAUUAUUACCUACUGAAAGAGGGUCUGAAAUCUUCCAAGAAAUUUGUGGAAAAACAAAAGAGUAAUUUUCAAUCUUCCACCAAUAAUACUCUAGCUACUGUGGCAAAUUCUGGAGCAGGAGGUGAAGGUAUAUCCUCUAUGUCUUUGGCUAAAAGUAAACUACAAGCCAAUAGUGAGGAAAAUAUCUAUGAGGAAAUUUUUAAAGAUGCUCCACCCAGUGAGGAGGAUGAUGAAAAUCAAAAUCCUUCUAACAGCAACAAACAACAGGCGGCUUCGUCUAAUAUAACACACCAAGCUGCGCCGACAGCUAACGAACAGAACAUAAUGUAUGCCGAUUGUGAGCUUUGUAUGCAACAGUGUGAUAAAGCUGAUUGUGAAUACUGCAUACAACCGGAAUUAGCCUCAAAUAUCAAUCAGAAUAGAACCAUUAAUCAGACAAACUUUAGUAACAGCAACACCAAAGCUAACAACACCAAUAACCGUUUAAAUGUGACCAAUCUUAAUAAUAAUACUUCUGCUCGUACAGCCAUGGAAAAUCAAGUUAAUUCGGCUCCUAUUCUAGAGUUUCAAUCCUAUAAUCCUAACAAUCCAGGUGUAUAUAAAAUUGAGACAACUCCGGUAGCCAUUACGGGAGAUUAUAAUCCAAUUUUACAAUUCCAACAACCUUCCACCCACCAACAGCAGCUGCCUCAGCAGCACAAACACUCUCACGUUCAACAUCAAUCGACUUCAACUACCAGUACCGCUACUACUACCCCCAGUGAUCAUCAUUUGCAUCAACAUCAUUCACAGUUGCAGCACCAGCAACAGACACAACAACAUCAAUCUAUGCCAGCGCAACAGCAACAACAACAACAGCAACAUCAACAAUUUUAUGGUUACAAACAGCCAAAUUUCUAUACACCUCAUAAUCAGACUGGAUUUUGGUCUCAAACUUCUUCGGUUCCAAGACCAAGGGCUUAUAUGGUCACCGGACAUUUUCCCAGUGGUGUUUCGUCUAUGCAACGCGUCAACACAAAAUCAAGUUCCUCCAGUGAUUCACUGCAGCAACAGCACAAAUUUAACACCUUCACACACAUGGAUGCUAAUUUCUAUAAUGGUUCCAAUGUAGCCACCGUAACUGGAUCUUCUUCGGUCAAUAAUAGUUACUUGCCACCACAACCCUUGCAACCGUUAAUGUAUGCCGCCAGCCGUCGCCUGGGAGGAUCACAAAUUUUGGUCGACAAUUCAAAUGCCAUGUUUGAAAAUCCUUCCCAAAUUUAUAAAUCCGAUUCGAGAGCAUCGAUUUUAAGUGAAUAUUCUUUAUCGCGUAGUAGUGAUACAUACUAUGGCAGUCAGAGAUAUGGUCAUCAUAAUAGGCACUAUGGUACUUCACAUCUAAAUGAUCAUCAUAAUUUUGAAAACUCGUUAAUGUCUUCAUAUGCUACGGCGGCACAGAGACGUUACUUUGGCAGUGCCGAGAGUUGUCGUUUUGGUUAUGAUUGCCGGCGUUGUUCUUUGGAUAGUGGUCCCGGAGCGGGUCUUUUAGCUAAUACCAGAGGUGCUAAUGCAGCGGCACAAAAUAAUGGGGGUGGGGGAUCAGCAGCAGCUGGUGAUAAAUGUACUUUCUCCGAUCAUUGUAAAUAUGAUUGCCGCAAUUGCGACUGUUCCUCGGUGUACUUUUCUUCGGACUUUGAUGAUGUCUACAGUGGUGGUGGUAUACCCAGAAAAACUGCUAAAGGUACAUUACCCUCUACGGGAGGACAACCUCCUCCACCAGCUCUAGAAAACUAUGAUGUCACGACCAGUAGUGAGAAGCAGCAGGCUUUGAAACAAAACAAAUAUGCUCAAGAUUUCUUUAAACAUGUUAAUGAUGUCAAGCGCAGCAUUUAUCAAGCGGAAAUGCAAAGAAAUGGCAAUAUGGAAUCGAUGAGUCCUAAGAAGUCAAUGAAAAAGGAUAACCGUGAUAAGGAAAGAGAUAGGGAAAUAUUGGGCAUCACCACACUACCCUUGGCCAAAGAGCGCAGUAGCACAAAACCUACUCCCGCUCCCAGAACAAGUCUACAGCAACCACAACAGCCACUAAAUCCUGGUCAAACUACACCGCAACCUUUACAAAGACGUUUACCGGUUAAGACCAGUGAGCCUGGCAUAGAGAGAAAGGAAUACGCUUCGUUGGAUCGCUUAAUAGCCUCCAACAAAGGAGCAAUACCUAAGAACACACGGAUAAGUCCUCACAGCAGUCCUAAAGCAAGAGCCAAUACCCGAGAGGCACAUGAUGGAAAACCUAAUGAACAGUAUAUGCCACCAGAAACUACAAACGAAGAAAAGCGUCAUGUGAAAAAACACUCAAAGGAAUCCUCGAAAAUAACAUCCUCAUCCUUGGCUGCCUCAUUGAGUGGUCACCGACGCAAGGAUAUACCAGCGCCACCACCGCCCUCACCGGCCACCUAUGCCGAUUUACAAGAAUUGCAGCAAAAUAUGCAAGACACUUUGAGAGAUGAUACAAAGCAAGAAAGGGACAGGAAACGGAAACGUAAGCAACACGAAAGUGGUGGUAGUGAACAUGAAAAACAGCAGCAGCUUCUACAGGAAUCAGUAACAACAACAAUUACUAAAGAUGAAAAACAAGAAGCACAAAAUGAAAAACAACAAACAACGGAAGUAACUUUACAACAAGAGCAGAAGCAACAAACUGAAACAAAAGAUAGUAAAACAAAGGACCAACAUAAAAUAGUAGUGAAUAAUGUGGAGAAUAACCUGACAACAAUAGAUUCAACAGACAAUACCAAUGAAACCACAAACAUUAAAACAAUGCCAACAGUAACAGAAUCAAAUGCAGCAACAACUAAUAACACCUCAACCACCAGUGCUGCAAACAUAACUGAUAAUAAAAAGCUUUUACCUGCAGAAGAACAACAACAGACACAUACUCUAAAAACAAACGAACAAAUAUCUUUAAAGUUACCCAACAACAGGGAAAAGGCAGACAUUGAUGUUGAGACUGAAACCACAAUAACAACUCCCUGUACAGCCCAGACACAAACCUCAAACUCUUCGCUGACUCUAGUCUCGGUAACAUCCGUUUCAUCAUCUAUUGUUACCGCCUUGGAUUCACAACAACGUGACCCGACAGAGGCAUAUGACGAUGAUGUUUUCUAUGAUGCACGCAGUGAGGAUUCUGGUUGUACUGCAGCAAGUAGCAGUAUGGCUUCCAAUACGCAGCAAAAGCAUGAACAACAACAGGAACAGCCACAAAAAAAAGAACAGCAGUCUUGUACGGAAACUGAAUGUCAACAAUCUACAGAAGCACAAAGACAGUUAAAACAACAACAAGGACAUCAUGAAGUUUCUGAGGAGAAAUAUUUAAAAAAUCUGUCAUUGCAUCAACAGCCAGUACAGGAUGCCAAUGAAGAGGAGCUACAGCAGCAACAGCAACAACAAAAGAACCUUGAGUUUGAAGGACAACAAGAAAAUGAGCAGCAACAAGAACAGACAGCAGAUUGUCAUAAAACAAAUGAGGCAUUGCAGCUGGAGCAGGAGCAACAAAUGAAUAAAAAUGAAGUGAAAAAGAAAAAUAACAACAGCAACAAUAAAGAUAAAACAGAUAAGCAGUUACAAGGCGACGAUAAUGAAGUUACAACAACUGGCAACAUAGAAAAUGUUAACGAUGAAAAACAACAACAACAACAACAAAUCGCAGACAACAUAAAACCCAACCCCACCACUAUUAAGAACGAUGAAGAGGUGGUUGUUGUUGCUGGAGACCCUGCCUUGGAGCUCAAGGUUAACAAACACACCAAGAAACACAAACAGGAAAUCAACGAAUAUAACAACAAAAACGAAUUGGAAAUAAAGAGCAACAACAACAACGACAACAAUAACUCCGCACAAUUUAUUACGAAAGACAACGAUAAAACAAAUAAAACGAUAAAAGAGAAACUUGCAGGAGGAAGAGAGAAGAGAAACAGAUUGAGAAAUCAACAGCAGCAAAUGGAAGAUGAAAAACCCACCACUACCGUUAUAAUGAGCAAAACAUUGCCAGCUGUAACAGCAACAGCAACUUCCUCUACUAAUAAAAAGUCACGCAGCCAAAGACGUUCACCCUCCUCCGCUCAUGGUGCUGGUGGCGGAACUGGACGUGACCAGCCGCAACAUAAAAUAACCACCUCCACUUUGAGUUGUGAUACAUGUUGCCAAUUAGAGUGGUCACAACAAGACCCCUACAAUAACUCACCACAACAGCAGCAACAACAGCAUUCACCACAAACCCUCAAGCCACCCACACUGCACAUUGGCAUGGCGGGGCAGCCAACACGUGUCAGUAAACGUAAAAACAGCAGUAGUAGUGGUAACAGCCGCGAAAGAGCGAGCAAAACAAAACAAGAAAUAAAAACAAAAAUCAUUUACAGCCAAGAAAAACCAGAGAGCACAACCACAACAACGAUAAUAACAACAAAAAUACCACGAGAAACCGGAAUAACGACAGUAACAAAACUAAACAAAACAAAAGAAACGGACACACAAAACCGAAUGAAAACAGAGCAAGAAACCACAAGAGAUGAAUUGACAUGCUCACCUAAAAUGAAAUCCACAAAUGUUGCUGAAACAAAGUUGCUGGAAGAACAACAUAAUAAAGAGGAUUUAGAAAAUGUUGAGAGGGAAACUAAGGAGAAUGCUAAAGAAAAUACUUUAGAAAAUCCAGAUAUUUUAAAAGAAAUUAAAGAAAUCUCUAAGGCUAUAGCAACUCUGCAACAUGAUGCUGAAACAAGUGAUUCAGCAACAUUAGAAGCAGAGAAAUUAAUGCUAGAAAAACAUGUUGCUGAAACAUUAAGUGUUGAAGAAAUGCCAGAAGAAAAACUAGUUUCCACUAAGACAACAACAACUACACCAAAUGUUGCUGCUGCUGAUGAUGAUGCUGCAGCAACUACAGCUACUGCUGCUGAUGUUGCUGCAGCUACAGCUAGUACUAAUGCUCUCAAAGAAGUCAGUGUUUUAAUGCCCAUGGAUCAACAAACAACUAACGAAGCUGUUGUUGAUAUAGAAGCUGCGACAACGUCGUCAGCACUCACUGCCAAUGACAGUAAAACCAAUACUACAAACAUCAGUUGUAAUUCGGAGUUUGCAGGUGUCACAACACACUCGCCGCAUAACAGUUCUUCACCUAUAGUACCUUUAAUCAAUACCCUGCAAUCAUCUCUCUCGCAAGAAAGUGAAACACGUCGACCGCCUUUACAAAGACAAGAUUACUCUUGCCUCGACUCUAGUGAAGCACAAUCGGAUGAUAGUCAUUUGACUAAAGACUCCAUAACACGAGAAUCUCAAAACGACGAAUUAUCUUCUUCAACUCUGGAUAAAAUCGAUGUUAGUACUCUACCCUUGCCAGCUUUGCCGCAAAAAAGACGCACCAAACUAAGAGCCAGUCCCUCGAAACAUCAUCAUUGUCGCAGUAGACAUGAAAGUCCUCAGAAGCAUCAGCAGCAACAACCAGAUUUAAGAGAUCCUCAUGGUGCUAACGAAGCUGCUCAAUUAACGGCAGAAGAAACCAAACAUCUCUCGGCGUUUCAGCAAUACGUGGCUAAGAGAAGAGAAAGUUUAGAGGCUUCUUCGCGCAGUUUCAACGAGAAACUGGAAUCGCGCAGAAUGCAUUAUCAUAUGGGUGGUGGCGGAGGAGGGGGACCAGUAGGUGGUAAUUCCUCUUCGGCGGCUGGUGCUGGCAUUCAUAUGCCCACUUAUCUAUUUGGAGAACAGUAUUAUACCGGCUUAACGGGGGGCUCGAAUCGCAAAUCGAUGGGUCCCUCCUCGAAAGAGGAAAUUUACUUGAAUAAAUCUGGUUGGGUCCAAGUUAACACCAAAAGAGCCAACGAUGAAAAUCGUGGCUAUCGUCGUGCCAAUUAUAAUCAUCAAAAUGGUGAUUUACGCAAUACUAUACGUGUGAUACAAAUCGAUAAUACCAGACGUUCGGAUAUGGCUCGUCAGGCCUUACUGCAGCAUCAGCAUUCUAUGAUGGAACCGCCUAAGUUUGUGAGCAGUAAAGUGGAGGAAUUGAUACAGAGAAAUGAGGCUCGUUUGGGUAAUGCCAAUACCCGAGAUUCUGCUUUAAGGCCUGGUUACCGGAUUGUGGAUCCUCAAUUGGCUUCCAUAUUAAAUGAGCGUCCUGGUUUCUUGCCUGUUAAAAAUCUCAACGAUCAUGAUUCCCCGCCUCCCAUAACACCCAUACUUUCACCACCACCUGCCUUUCAAGAUAGCAGUGCUAAAAUAAAAUCCUUUGAUCGCCGUCGCACCAUAUCCAGUCGUCCGACACCGCAACACACAAUACUACAACCCCAAGCUAUAAUUAACAAUUCCAAUCUGCAAGCUGUCAAUGGUGUCAACAAUAAAGGCAUGGUUUUCUCCCGCUCCUUUGAAUACGACAAUCGUCGACCUACCCCCACAGAUGCCUAUGUCGAAACAUUUUCCCGCAGCUUUGAUGGCAAUCUUACCGAGAGGGCUACCACGGCUCCUUUGCCGCGUGACCGUUCACCCAAUUUUAGCACUCUAACUGGCAAUUCUCCCAAUUAUCUAACGAAAAAAGACUCGGGUGGUGGCAGUAGUGGUAGUUUAAAAUCACGUGAUUCUUCACCUAAAUAUCAAUCUCCUGUGGCCUCUAUUUCUUCUGCACAAUCUCCUCAGAAUCAAAAAACAACUGCCUAUCUAAAUACAUCGGUUAAAGAAGCUCCUCCCUCGUAUAGUGUGGCCGGUCAUUCGGCCUCCAUGACUGCUCAAAAGUAUUCACCACGUUCAGGUCAUCACGAUCGUUCGUUUGAACGUUCAAAAAGCCAUAAUGUUCUGGGCCGUUCUCGUAAAUCGCAAUUCAGUCGUUCCGGUAGUGGCUCAACGGCUGUAAUGGCAAACAGUAUGGGUGGCGUGUCGAGAUUUCGAAGUUUUGAUACGACGGCCAGUCAACGUUUGAAUUCGUGUGAUAGUGGCGCAAGAUCGGAUCUUUACAACUAACCGAACGUUCUCCCAAUCGUGGCCAUAAAAUGGUGGUUUGUGUGGGUCAAAAUCAUGCCAACCCCAACCAGCCGCCACUCUACCAACAAUCAAAUAUGAGAAACAAUCUAAGCAACAUGCAGACAACAAAUUUUCCGCCCACUAUA